AUGGCUCUUUCCAAUCCUUUUCAUAAAUCAGGUAGAAAUCAAGCCGUGUCGCCGUCAAAUCCAUCUGCUCCAAAUCAAAGACAAGAAGUACAACCAGCACAAGAAAAUCCUUAUAAAAAUCCGAAUGUCGUUACCAAUUGCACUUCACCGCUCAAAGUAAACGUUAAUAUGAUAAAUAAUAGCGACGAAGAAAUAGAUAGAAGAGGAGCUUCAUUGGGCGAGCCAUUUAACUUGUCCCCAUCCCCAAGCAUAUCGAGUUCGAAGAUUAACUUUGAUAAAAUUACACAACUACCCACGCCUAUCAUAAACAAUAACAAUGAGUCUUUUGCUAAUUUUAGUCCACCUAAAGAGCAAUAUCUUGACAUCCAGAAAUCGCGUAAUGUAAGGAACUUGGAUACUGGAAGAGUAGUAUCUGAAUAUAGGCCGCUGCACACGGGUCAUCAGAACCUAAACGUACAAACUCCUAGUAAAAGAUUUGUUUCUAAUCCCCUCAACGAUUCUUCGACGUCUAUUGUGUCCGUACCUGUGUCCAACAUCCCCAGCCCACCUGAUGAAACUCAAUCCAGGUUUUCCAAUCACCAGUUUUACUCGGUUAACCGUAACAAAGUGUAUAAUUUUGAGGACGAAAUAGGAACUGGAAAUUUUAGUACGGUAGUAUUAGGAAGCAAUGUCAAUGAUGCUGAAGACAAAGUUGCAAUUAAAGUAAUUUCUAUUCCACUCGAUAAUAUAGACGAAGUUCAUAAUUUCAAAUUCUUUAUUAGGAGAGAGUUAAACAUAUUGCAUAACCUUAGCCAUGCUUGCAUAAUUCACUUGCUUGACUACAAUUUGAACUUGAGCAUAGAUAAAUCUGAAAUUGAAAGCGUGCAAGCUAUUGAGAGUGAAAACGCGUCUGAAGAAGACCUCUCUUUACAAAGAGACUUAAAUAAUCUCAAGUCAAAUAAUGAUCAAUUAGUAUUUUUGAAUUAUUGCCCUGGUGGUAACUUAUUUCAAUUCCUGUUUGACAACUACAAACUUAAUCAUGCAAAUUUUUCUUACUGGUUGGUCAUUCAAAGAAUUGUCAGCGAAGUAAUUGUUGCCACUUCCUAUUUGCAUUUAAACGAUACGAUUCAUCGUGAUAUAAAACUAGAGAAUAUCUUACUUAAUUAUAAGUUUUACGAACUUGAGGGUAUACACCAUUUCGGAAACUCAUUCGCUUACCCUUUAAUUAAUGUGACCGAUUUUGGCCUUUCGAAGAAAUUGAAGUCUUCGAACGAAUUAUUAACCACCAGAUGUGGUUCACAAGAUUAUAUAUCCCCAGAAUUGCUAAUGGGUUUAAAAUAUGAUGGUAAGCUCACUGAUUCCUGGUCAGUUGGCGUUUUAAUAUAUGCGCUCCUUGAAAACAGAUUACCAUUUGAUAUUCCACCUUUAAGUACUUCAAGCCCAACCGGGGUGUCCCCAUCUGUCAUUAGAAGAAAAAGAGCUAAGAAUAAUGUAGCUCACAGAAUUGCUAUGAUUGAUUGGGAUUGGUUUAGGGUCACAGAUAUGUUGAAUGAUUCCCAGAUAGAUAAUUCUACUAAGCAAAUUUUGCUCGAGCUCAAGCAUACAGUCGACCUUCUCUUAGUUCGUAAGGACAAAAGACUAAGAGUUCAGGAGUUAAUAAAUCAUGAGAAUUUUGAUUGGAUUUCUAAGUCUGUUCCGGACGAUUUUAAAUUUUAA